CCCCUCCUCCCUCCUCCUCCUCCUCCAGUGGUAAACAGCAUCCGGUAAUCCAAAAGGGAGGGGAAAAGAUCAGAGGAGGGCAGUUCAACCAGCCAAAAAGAUUCCAGAAAUCAAGAACACGUUCCCACUCGGGCACCGGCGCCGUCCGUCCAGCCGGCCAGCCGAUAGAUAGGCCCCGUCAUCGGCACACACAUAUAAGCCCAGCGCCAUCCACGCCUCCCCUCCCUCCAUUGCCCCUCCAGGAAGCCAACCACCAGUUGGAGUUGGUUCACACUGUCCGAGCAGUCAGUCCCCCGAGGCGGAGAGAACAGAGCCAGGCGCCACCAUGCGCUCCGGCGGCGCGGGCGUGCUCCUCCUCGCCCUGAUCGCCGCGGCCGCCGUUGUGGCCAAUGCCGCGGUGACGUACGACCACAGGGCCGUGGUCAUCAACGGGCGGCGCCGCAUCCUCAUGUCCGGGUCCAUCCACUACCCGCGCAGCACCCCGGAGAUGUGGCCCGACCUCAUCCAGAAGGCCAAGGACGGCGGCCUCGACGUGGUCCAGACCUACGUCUUCUGGAACGGCCACGAGCCGGCGCGCGGGCAGUACCACUUCGCCGACCGCUACGACCUCGUCCGCUUCGUCAAGCUCGCCGGGCAGGCGGGGCUCUUCGUCCACCUCCGCAUCGGCCCCUACGUCUGCGCCGAGUGGAACUUCGGUGGAUUCCCUGUGUGGCUCAAGUACGUGCCCGGCAUCAGCUUCCGGACGGACAACGGCCCCUUCAAGGCGGAGAUGCAGAGGUUCGUGGAGAAGAUCGUGUCGAUGAUGAAGUCGGAGGGGCUGUUCGAGUGGCAGGGCGGGCCCAUCAUCCUCGCGCAGGUGGAGAACGAGUACGGGCCCAUGGAGUCGGCCAUGGGCGCCGGCGCCAAGCCCUACGCCAGCUGGGCCGCCAACAUGGCCGUCGCCACCGGCGCCGGCGUGCCCUGGGUCAUGUGCAAGCAGGACGACGCCCCCGACCCCGUCAUAAACACCUGCAAUGGCUUCUACUGCGACUACUUCAGCCCCAACUCCAACGGCAAGCCCACCAUGUGGACCGAGGCCUGGACUGGGUGGUUCACGGCGUUCGGUGGCCCGGUGCCGCACCGGCCGGUGGAGGACAUGGCGUUCGCCGUGGCGAGGUUCGUUCAGAAGGGCGGCUCCUUCGUCAACUACUACAUGUACCAUGGGGGCACAAACUUCGACCGGACCGCCGGUGGCCCGUUCAUCGCGACGAGCUACGACUACGACGCGCCCAUCGACGAAUACGGUCUGAUCAGGCAGCCGAAAUGGGGCCACCUGAGGGACCUGCACAAGGCCAUCAAGCAGGCCGAGCCGGCGCUCGUCUCCGGCGAUCCCACCGUGCAGCGCAUCGGGAACUACGAGAAGGCGUACGUGUUCAAGUCGAGCGCCGGAGCCUGCGCGGCGUUCCUGUCCAACUACCACACGAGCGCCGCCGCGAGGGUCGUGUACAACGGCCGGCGGUACGACCUGCCGGCCUGGUCCAUCAGCAUCCUGCCGGACUGCAAGACCGCCGUCUUCAACACCGCCACGGUGAAGGAGCCGUCGGCGCCGGCGAAGAUGAACCCGGCGGGGGGCUUGGCGUGGCAGUCGUACAGCGAGGACACCAACGCGCUGGACUCGAGCGCCUUCACCAAGGACGGCCUGGUGGAGCAGCUCAGCAUGACCUGGGACAAGUCCGACUACCUGUGGUACACCACCUACGUCAACAUCGACUCGAGCGAGCAGUUCCUCAAGUCGGGGCAGUGGCCGCAGCUCACCAUCAACUCCGCCGGCCACUCGGUGCAGGUGUUCGUCAACGGCCAGUCCUUCGGCGUUGCCUAUGGCGGCUACAACAACCCGAAGCUGACGUACAGCAAGCCCGUGAAGAUGUGGCAGGGCAGCAACAAGAUCUCCAUCCUCAGCUCCGCCAUGGGCCUCCCCAACCAAGGGACCCAUUACGAGGCCUGGAACGUGGGCGUCCUCGGCCCGGUGACGCUGUCGGGGCUCAACCAGGGGAAGAGGGACCUCAGCAACCAGAAAUGGACGUACCAGAUCGGCCUCAAGGGCGAGUCGCUCGGCGUCAACUCCGUCAGCGGCAGCUCCUCCGUCGAGUGGGGCAGCGCCACCGGCGCGCAGCCGCUCACAUGGCACAAGGCCUACUUCGCGGCGCCGGCGGGCAGCGCGCCGGUGGCGCUGGACAUGGGCAGCAUGGGGAAGGGCCAGAUCUGGGUGAACGGGAACAACGCCGGGCGGUACUGGUCGUACAGGGCCUCCGGCAGCUGCGGCGCCUGCAGCUACGCCGGCACCUUCAGCGAGGCCAAGUGCCAGACCAACUGCGGCGACAUCUCCCAGCGGUGGUACCACGUGCCGCGCUCCUGGCUCAAGCCCAGCGGCAACCUGCUCGUCGUGCUCGAGGAGUUCGGCGGCGACCUGUCCGGCGUCACGCUCAUGACGAGGACGACAUGAGAAGCGGGAGGACGGGAGGAGGAAGAUGGCAUGCAGAAAUUGUGAAUAAUCUGGAGGGGAAUGGAGGGAGGCAGAAAGAGGGCACACGAAGGCACACAACUUUCGUAGUAUAUAUAUCAGUACAUACGGCCUGGAUACGGAUACGAUUGGUAUACGUACAGUCGUACAAAGACUAGUAGGCGUAGCAGUAUUUAUUCAUGGAGAGCGGGAAAAGUGUUGGGCGGCGCGGUCGCCGGAACAGUAGCUCAGGCGCGGCGGCCGGCGUCCUGCCGGAAUACGAUCGUUGAUUCAUUGCCAAUCACAAAUAUUUCGAGACGUUGGUGGGUGGGUGGAUCUGCUCUCGGGCCUGCGCACGCAAGUGCUUUCUGAAGCAUACUGAACCCCUUUGGGGGGAAUUAUUUUCUGAAUCAUUCGUUCCUUCUCAACA